AACAGUGGUAAUAACUUUCGCUUCAUUUGAUGUCUCUUUGACAAAAGCUCAAUUCUUUCGUUUAACUAUGUGAAAUGUUUUUUAAAUUUUUUGGUUGAAUUUCGCAACAAAAAUUAUGGAGGAUACUUUGUUAUAAUGGCAGGGCGGAAAGCUUUCAUUGUAAAAGUAGAAUUGGACGUCCAAGCAGUCACUUGUCCUGGAGUAUGGCUCUGUUCCAAUGGUCAAGUAUCUCUUCAAAUAUACAUGCUAGAUUCAUGUGUACAAACGUCAAGCUUCCGACCAUCUUUUCCAAUGUUGUUCCAUGAACAGUUUUUAUUCACAAAAACUCUUCCAACCAAGUAUCAUCUAGAAGACCUCAGUAAACAACUCAGUAGAGAAUGGCUGUAUGUUGAGCUAAUUCAGUGGGAAAAUUGUGAAUGUGGAAAUGUUUUGGCAUACUUUCAAAUACCAUUGAAUGAAUUCCUCUACCCUAAUGUUUGUGGAGGAGUGCCCAGUGGUUCAGAAGUAGAUUUAUUGAUGGAAACUACACCAGCUUUUCCUGGUACACUAGCACCAAAGUUGGAAGUGUGCACCAAAACCACGAUCGAAGAAACAAUUUGUUCCUGCAUCCAACGAAAACCAAACAUCAACACCGUAUUGAACCCAAAAACCAUCUUGUCCUGUAGGGGACGUCCCAAAGGCCACAGGGCUGUGUGCCACUCAUACAGUAAACAACACAGGAAUAAAAAAUGUAGACCCACGUGUCUGAUGAGGUGUAGAGUCUACGAAAGACCCCCGUGGAGGUACAGAAAGGUGGAGGAUGGCUUUCUGCAGCGCCAGCGAGUAUUGGAUUUGCCACUUAAGCCCACUCCCCAGUUGGAGUUGGAUGGUGGGCAAGAUGGAGGCCCCUAUGGUGGACCUAGGAGAACACACCCAGACAGAGGCAUGGAAAUACGUAAAAUACUGAAGGAAAGCUUGAGGAAGGCUUUAGGACAGCCUGUUACAACAGGUCCUUGCCAACCAGGAGAUCGUAUAUGCGAAUGCGGACGUGGACAUGCUGAGGCUGCAUGUGCUGUUUGUCAGAAGUACAGUGGAAUUUUUAGCAGCAAAAUAACCGAGCAGAAUGACGAUAAACAGGUUUUCUAUUCAACGGCUAACCCAGACAAAACUUUCUAUAAUCAACUGAUGAAUCAGGCGCGUAGGAAUGAUGGAAAACUUGGGGAAUUACGUCCAGAGGUUCAUAAGGCCCAAAAAAACUGUUCUCAAUGCAAGGCCCAUAUAGGACAGUCAGUUUGUGCAACAGCUCAUGAAAUACCAGAGUCAAAGGGCAACCUUUCCAAGAAACUACAUCAGAGGAUAUCUAGAACAUUGCAGAGUAUACCUAGAUAUUUUGAUGAAAUGAAAGAAAUGUGUCAUGAGAUUGGGGACUGUGAACAAUACCACACCACACAAUGUACUUGUGAACAGAUGCCAGAUAUGGGAAAAUUCUAUAAGGAACUAUUCCAAGAGCAAUAUAACAAGUAGAAUAUUCUUAGUAUUAUUAUUCUUUAUAUGUUUUCAAUAUACAUACUGAGUAUUGGUUUUUGAUUA